UGAACCGGUUUAUCGAGAGAUUUAACCAUCGUGGAAGGAAUCAAACUGACAAAACCUAACAGAUUUGGUGAGGAAGAAGAGAAAAAAAUCAGUGUAAAGCUCUCAGCAGCCUUGGGCAAAAGUUUAGGUAGAAGAGAAUAUCUAUAACUGAAUUGCAAAUGGAGGUAGAGAGCAAGAAGGCUAUGAGUGAGUUGCAAAUGGAGGUAGAGACCAAUCCCUCCUCGCAAGAGUCUCUCCCGAAGCCUCAAGCCAUGUACCGAUGCAAGAAAUGCAGAAGAAUAGUGGCUAUUGAGGAAAACAUUGUCCCUCAUGAACCAGGGAAAGGUGAAGAAUGCUUUGCUUGGAAAAAGAGAAGUGGUAACUAUGCUGAACAAGUGCAAUGCUCUUCCAUCUUUGUCGAGCCUAUGAAAUGGAUGCAAACUAUACAUGAUGGAACUGUUGAAGAGAAGCUUCUUUGUUUGGGAUGUAACGCCCGGUUAGGUUAUUUCAACUGGGCUGGCAUGCAAUGUAGCUGUGGCGCCUGGGUUAAUCCCGCUUUCCAGCUCCAUAAAAGCCGAUUAGACGAGUGUAAGUCCGAGGAGCCAAACCCAAAUCAGGCAACUGUAUGAAACCAAAUUUUCUUGGAUAACUAAUGGUUAUAGUAAGAUCAAAUUAAGCUUUAUUGUAUUUGAUCAUCUUAAUGUGUGUUUUCAUUUGAUAAAAUCCAACAAAAGUUCAUUAGCUUAAUGUUUUUCUACAAGUAUACUAAAUUCAAACACAACAAAUGAUGAAUAGUUUAUGUGUUUUUUUC